ACACACACACACACACGCGCGCGCGCGCAAAACACCACAAACAUCUGGACAGGCUAAACAUGGGGAAACACAACAGCAAGCUUGCUCCAGAGGUUCUGGAUGACCUGACCAAGAAUACAGAGUUCAACGAGGCAGAGUUGAAGCAGUGGUAUAAAGGCUUCUUGAAAGACUGUCCCUCUGGCAUCCUUAAUUUGGAGGAGUUCCAGCAGCUUUAUGUCAAGUUUUUCCCCUAUGGCGACGCGUCCAAAUUUGCUCAGCAUGCCUUUCGCACCUUUGACAAAAAUGGUGAUGGCACAAUUGACUUCAGGGAGUUCAUCUGUGCCCUGUCCAUCACCUCUCGAGGUAGCUUUGAGCAGAAACUCAACUGGGCCUUCAAUAUGUAUGAUUUGGAUGGAGAUGGCAAGAUUACACGCAUGGAGAUGCUUGAAAUUAUAGAGGCAAUUUAUAAAAUGGUUGGCACAGUGAUUAUGAUGCGCAUGAACGAAGAUGGCUUGACACCUCAGCAGCGUGUGGACAAGAUCUUCAGCAAGAUGGACAAAGACCAUAAUGAUGAGAUCACACUGGAGGAGUUCAAAGAGGCAGCCAAAAGCGAUCCUUCCAUUGUCCUCCUACUGCAAUGUGACAUGCAGAAAUAA